AACUUCAGAAAGCUGAUGCCGAUACAUUUAGUUAUUCAGUUGUGGCCUAUCUGUCGUUAAGAGAGGUUGUGCUAUUUUAUUUCUUAAUUUUAUAAUAGAAUUCAUUAAGUAAUCGGUCAUAACAAACAAGUUUUUUUUAUUUGUUAUCUAUUUUUUAUAUAUUUUAAUUUUUUCAUCAUUGUAUCUAUUACAUUAAAGUGCAAUACUUGUUCAGUAUUAUAACAGGCAAUUUAAAAACAUGCCCUGUCCAUUUUUAACUCAUCUUUCUGCAAAUUAUAUUCGAAAUUAUGGAACUUCUGUAAUUAUGAAUUAUCGUCAACUUUGUCCAGUAAUGUCUCAAUUUUUUAGUACUCAAACAGAUAUUGCAGAUACUCAACAAAUUGAAAAUACCAUAAAUGGUCAAUGUCCAUUUCUUGCUAAAGAACAAAAUGCUAUAAAAAUUGCUAGUAAUAUAAUUGAAGAAGAUAUUAUCAAUAUAUCAUCUAUAGAAUCAAAGGAAAAAGCAAGUUUUCCAUAUGAAGAAUUUUUUCAUGAACAGAUCAUGAAAAAGAAAAAAGAUCACUCUUAUAGAGUAUUUAAAAAAGUCAAUCGAUUAGCAGAGAAUUUUCCAACUGCAAUAGAAUAUUCUUGGGGAGAAAAACCAAUUACUGUUUGGUGUUCUAAUGAUUACUUAGGAAUGUCACGACAUCCUACAGUAAUACAUUCUGUUCGAGAAGCAUUAGACAAAUUUGGUACAGGAGCAGGAGGAACCAGAAAUAUAUCUGGAAAUUCCAUGGGACAUGAAAUAUUGGAAAAAAGACUUGCUUCUUUACAUCAAAAAGAAGCUGGUUUGUUAUUUACCUCUUGUUUUGUUGCUAAUGAUUCUACUUUAUAUACUUUAGCAAAACUUCUACCACAUUGUCAUAUUUUUUCUGAUGCUGGAAAUCAUGCAUCUAUGAUUCAGGGUAUAAGAAACAGUGGAGUACCAAAACAUAUUUUUAGGCACAAUGAUGUACAACAUCUUGAAGAACUUCUUUCCAAAGUUGAUAAAAACAUACCAAAAAUUGUAGCAUUUGAAACAGUACAUUCUAUGACUGGUGAUAUAUGUCCUUUGGAAGACUUAUGUGACAUUGCACAUAAAUAUAAUGCUUUAACAUUUGUUGAUGAAGUCCAUGCUGUUGGAUUAUAUGGUUAUUCAGGUGCUGGUAUUGGAGAGAGGGAUUGGGUACUUCAUAAAAUGGAUAUUAUAUCUGGCACUCUUGGAAAAGCUUUUGGUAAUGUUGGUGGUUAUAUUGUUGGAUCUGCUAAAUUAAUAGAUAUAAUACGAAGUUAUGCAGCAGGUUUUAUUUUCACAACUUCAUUACCACCAACAGUAUUAUAUGGUGCCUUGACAGCUAUUGAAAUUUUAGCUUCUGAUGAAGGAAGAUUAUUAAGGGCCAAUCAUCAAAAAAAUGUAGCUUAUAUGAAGUCUAUCUUAAGUACUGCAAAUCUUCCACUAGAACAAUCACCUUCUCAUAUCAUACCAAUAAAAAUUGGUGAUCCAUUAUUAUGUAGUCAGUUAGCUGAUUUAUUAAUAAAAGAUAAAGGACAUUAUGUUCAAGCAAUUAAUUAUCCAACUGUUCCUAAAGGAGAAGAAAAAUUAAGGCUAGCUCCAACUCCAAAACAUACUCAAACUAUGAUGGAUCAAUUUGUAAAAGAUAUAUUACAUGUUUUUCAUCGAUUGAAUAUACCAACAAUUAAACAUAAAUCAAACAACAUUCCAUGUAUAAUUCAGGUUCAUUGACAAAUAUUAAAUCUAAAAAUUUAAAAAAUCUAUAUAAUAUGAUUAUAAUUUAUUUAUGUAUUUACAAAUUUAUAUUAUAUGAAUAUCUAUGCUAUUGAAUAAUAAUUCAAUAGUGAAAUGUUAAAAAUUAAUCAAAGUUAAUUUGAUUAUAAAAAGCUUUAAAUAAAGUAUUAUGAAAUGA